UCUUUAUGUUUGCCACUUGGGCUGAGAACAUCCUCUUGUGUUCAUUAUGGGUUUUUGUUUAAGCUUAGCUUUGAUUUGGACUUUGAUUUGUGUUGCUAAUCCCUUCCCUCAUAGCACUAUUAGCCAUGUUUAAGUAACUCUGCGACAUUGGAAUUAUUCACACAUUGUGUUGAUGUAAUUUGUCCUUAAGAUUCUCCGUCCCGCUGUCUUCAUUUUGUUUUGUAAUGUAAAAACUGGUAGUAUGAUUUGAUGGUUUUGAAGCUUCUCUUCCAACUACAGGACCCUUAAAAUACCAAUUGUUUCCUUUGUCCAGAAUCAUGUUUUGUUUCAGUAUUUGAUUCUUCUCAGAGUAUAGGUCAAUGAGGACAAUGAUAUGAAGGUCUCUGUGUUGAGCCCUGUGAGUUGCAUUUUCCACUUUAUAUUUAUUUCAACUCAUGUUGUACUGCUAUUGUCACUAAGUCGAUGUUUAUCUGUGAUAUUGAGGUUAAGGGUCAACACUGUUUUCACUGUGUGUAAUUGUUUUAUGUUCCACAGCAUCGUACAGAUAAGUGCAGAAUAAUCUUAUUUGUCCAUGAGCGGAAUAGACUGAGCAGGUGUUUGUACAAUUUGACUCGAGUUUGAAGUAGUGAUCCAACAGGAAGAAGAGGGGCUGCUUGGUGAUGGUGAGGAGGUGCGCUUACAUGAUGUGAAGGUCUUCCAAAAGAAGUUCCGGCGUCCUGCCUUGCGUUCCCGUUGGGAGAGGGGUAGCUGGCGCACCACCUCCGACUUCACCCCGAGUGCCUCCUCCAGAACCCUGACAUGUCUGGUCCUACCUGGCCUCCUCCGAAGACUCCGGGUAGCCCAGAGAGACCCGUCCCCCAGAUGUCCGACUCUGGAUCAGCCCUGUACAGACAGCCGCCCAAGAAGGUCUCCUUGGACACCCGGCCCAAGUAUGUGGUCCAUGACCAGAUCACAGGAGGGGGAGGAAUGGCCUCUAGGUACAUGGCUACCGGACCCACAGCUGGGCCAAUGCAGCACCACCAAGAGGACCCAGGGUUUCACCCUAAAUCUAAUGACCUCUACUACCAACCAUCUCCCCACGGUCUCAAAGAAGACCAGUCCUUGAACCCUCAUAUGGACCGACUCCAGCUGAUGCACCUUGCACCUCCUGAGAAGCUGAUUGGAAAACACUCCAACAUUGAUAGAGAGAUUGACUCGCUCACCUGCAUGCUGGCUGAUCUGGACAGCUAUUCACAAAACUGCACACAGCUGUAUGACAACGUGCCUUACAACAAACCCUCAGCCCAGCCAGGAGCCCCAUCUCAGGGAGAGCCGUCUAUGAGUUUCCCACCUCUGUCCACGGACCAUCCUACACCCCCAAACCCCAGUGAUCCCCACCAGGGUCUCCAGUACUUCCCUGAGCCAGAUGACGCCCAGGUCUCCAAACCCUACCCCCAGCCUGUCCCUGCCUCCUACACUACCGCCUCCACCCCUACUGGCCCGAGGUUCAGUGUCCAGGUCAAAACAGCUCAGCCUGUCACCUACUCCCAGACUGGUAGGCAAGCUGAGCAGGGUUGCUCCCCUCCCCCACAACGCCAGCACACGUUGCGGACCCUGCCCCAGAAUCUCGCUUCCCAAGCCCAGGAGCUGGACUCUGAGGGGAGCUACAAGGGGAGUGCUGCCGGGUCUGGAGUGAGAGCCUCCCAUAGUCCCAGUCCCAAAAGAGGCCCAGAGACUCUCCAAUCAGGGUCAGGCUUGGCACCAAGCUCCACCUAUCAGCCCAGCAAGCAGGGGACAGCAGCUCCGAGACAAGAGGAGUUGGACGGGCUCACAAAGAAGUUGGUGUAUGACAUGAAUAAUCCCCCUACAGAGGAAUACUUUGGUCGCUGUGCUCGUUGCGGUGACAACGUCCUUGGCGACGGCAGUGGCUGUAUCGCCAUGGAGCAGGUGUUCCACGUGGAGUGUUUCACUUGCGUCACCUGCCACACCCCUUUCCGGGGGCAACCGUUCUACGACCUGGACAAGCAGAGCUACUGCAAGAGCUGUUACAUUAGUAUCCUAGAGCGCUGCUUCAUGUGCUCCAAGCCCAUCCUGGACCGUAUCUUGCGGGCCAUGGGCAAUGCCUACCACCCACGCUGCUUCAACUGUGUGGUGUGUGGCUGCUGCCUGGAUGGUGUGCCCUUCACCGUGGACGCCACCUCCCAGAUCUACUGCCUAGACGACUUCCACAGGAAGUUUGCCCCUCGCUGCUCAGUGUGUGGCCAGGUCAUAAUCCCCGAGCCGGGCCAGGAGGAGACGGUCAGUAUAGUGGCGCUGGGCCGCAACUUUCACGUGAAGUGCUAUGUGUGUGAGGAGUGUGGUCUGCUCCUGUCGCCUGAGGGGCAACGCUGUUACCCCCUGGACGGUCACAUUCUGUGUAAGGGCUGCAGCGCCCGGCGCAUCCAGGACCUCUCCGUCAAAAUCUCCACUGACUGCUAACCAACCAGGGGAAAUCACCUCUUACCUAUGACCUGUCAACCCUUCCAUUACUUUCACCUGCUCUGGGGUAAAAGUUGCCCUAGGGAACAAAUCUGGGAUCACUUCUACCCCUCUCUAAUACACAACCUUAACCACAAGGGGGAAAUGUUAACCUGACUUGAGAUCAGUCUUGAAGGGCAACUUCAUCCCCCUUCACUUUCAUACUCUCAUAGCCUUUCUUUAUUCUUCAGAUGCCCGAUGCUGAGGAAUCAGUAGUAGGCUUACUAUUGAACCUCAACCUGACAGUCUUCAAUAUGAAGUCAUUCUUUAAUAUCACUUGACCAGGAUUUUUGGUACAGGGUAUUGAAACAUGUAUGGACAAUAGUUCAACCCAUAUUCCUUAUCUUCUGCUUUACACUAUCCUCUACCCCUACUCCCUUUCCACUAUGCUUUCCACCCAACCUCCUUCCGCUCAGUCCCAUAGCAGUACUGUAUAGAGCCCCUGACUUGCAGGCAGCAGGGGCUGCACCACUGCUUGUCUCAACCACACUAUCCUGCAUGUUGCAGUCUCACACACUAUCCUGCGUGUUGCACACUGUUUCACACACACUAUCCUGCCUGACACGGGUGGGACAUGGAAGGAGCUCUAUGGAAAAUGAUUGAUAGAUAUUGACAAUGUGGAGGAUAAGUAGGAAAAUGAGGGGAUAUUGAGGCGUAUAAUGAGGAAUACAAAGUCUUCCUGGCAGUGGGGUAACUGACCAGUCCAGAUAAUGGAACAUAUAUUUUUGUAUACCACUAAAGUCAAUAACCGUGCUGAACUGCCUCAUAAGCAAAGUUCACAUAUGCAAGGUAUUUCUGUGACAGUUUAUAUUGCAGGUGGUUUUGGUUGUGGAGUGAAUGUGUUUGGAGACCUUUCAUUGGAGAGCAAGUGGGUGUAGUCAGUGUUGUGCAGUGAAUAGUUUUUAGAAAGUAGAAGGAAAGAAAGAUCGGUUAGAGAACAAGAUCAGUAAAGUCAAUGCUUUGCUCUCAUUGGAUGUUAAUACAGUAUGUAGGCUGUCUUAUAAUAUCUUGCACCACAUGUCAGAACAUAACAUCAAUAUUGUAUUCCACAGGACAGUGAUUUGUAUAAUAAUUGGUACUGCAUUUUAGAGAAUGUUACUUGUAUACCAGUCCAAACCCCCUCUUUUAAAAUGCGAAUGUGCUUUUUAGAUAUUUUUCCUUUUCAUCAUUUGGGUUGAUUUGCUACUUUACAAUGAAAAUCAAUAAGGCACAAUGAAGUAUGCUUGCCUUUGUCUUACUGAGAAACCGGUUUCUCUAUGCUGGCCACGUGGGCUCAGAACAUCCUCUUGUGUUCAUUAUGGAUUUAUGUUUAAGUUUAGCCUUAGGAGUUUGAUUUGUGCUUUUAAUUUACUUGGUUUACUUUGUCCAGAAUCAUGUUUUGUUUCAGUAUUUGAUUCUUCUGAGUAUCGGUCAAUGAGCACAAUAUGAAGGUCCCUCUGUUGAGCCCUGAGAGUUGAAUUUUCCACUUUAUUUAUUUCAACUCCUGUUGUACUGCUUGCUAUUGUCACUAAAACGGUGUUUAUCUGUGAUAUUGAGGUUAAGGGUCAUCACUGUGUUCACUGUAAUUGUUUUGUGUUCCACAACAUCCUAUUGAAAAGUACUGCAGCAUAAUUGUAUUUGUCCAUGAGGGGAAUAGACUGCACAGGUGGUUUGCACAAUUUGAGUUUGAAGUGUGUGAUUAGCUAUUUUUAUUCCAUAAUGCCAAUUGUAGAAUGUGAUCAAUACAAUAAACCAUCCUUUUUUUC